AUGGAUUCAAACAAGGUUAAAACCUUCGAGCCUCUGGACACAGUUGAUUCCGUCCUCGGCCGCGUGAUAGCCACCGAUGAAGAACGCCUUGCGCAACUCGGGCACCAGCAAGAGCUCAAGCGGCAAUUUUCCCUGACAACUUUGGGAGCUCUUUGUCUGUGCCUUAUGGCAACAUGGGAAGCAACGUCCACCGUUAUCGCCCAAGCAUUGUUGAGUGGUGGUGCCCCUUGCCUGUUCUACAACUUCCGAUCUCUCGCGGCGUUCACGACCGGAUGGAUCUCCGUCGGCGGAUUAAUAGUCUUCUGUGCAUCAGCCGCGUUCGCAGCCGGCCUGCAGACCCAAUCCCUAAUCAUAAUCAACGAGGACUCAUAUAUACCGCAAAAAUGGCAGGGUUUGCUCUUCUACUGGGCCAUCCUGCUAUAUGCAGGUGUCAUGAACAUUUGGGGUUCCAAGCUGCUUCCCCAUGCCAACAUGAUUUCAGGUGUAAUCCACGUCGCGGGCUUUGUGACAGUACUCAUCGUCCUUGGUGUCAUGGCCCCCAAAAACACCCCAUCCUUUGUGUUCACCGAGUUCGUCAACAGCAGCGGCUGGAGUAAUGAUGGCGUCUCUUGGCUCGUGGGUCUAAUCAGCGCUGUGUAUCCCUUUCUCGGAUACGACGCUGCAUGCCACAUGGCGGAAGAGAUCCCCGACGCACCUCGGAAUGUCCCCAUUGCUAUGGUCGGCAGUGUGGUUGCGAAUGGCCUGAUGGGUCUCACCUACUGCACCGUCCUUCUGUUUUCGACGGGUUCUCUCGAGUCACUGUUGACUACCCCCACUGGUUUUCCCUUCAUGCAAAUCUACCUGGAUGCCACACGAUCCCGGGCUGGUGCAACAGUCCUAUCGCUGUUGCUCAUCGUUGUGGCCAUAGCUGCAACGGUCGGCGGCAUCACCUCGGCCUCCCGUACCCUCUGGGCCUUCGCCAGAGAUAAAGCCGUGCCUUUUGACGCAUCUUUUAGCUACGUCGAUAAGCGGCAACAGGUUCCAUUGACGGCCAUCGUCUUUGUCACCGCAUCUCAGAUGCUUCUUGGAUUUCUCUACCUGGGAAACAGUACCGCCUUCAAUGCUGUGCUGUCUAUGGCGAUUAUUGGAAUCUAUAUUUCGUACAGCAUCCCGAUCGCUUAUAUGCUGCUAUCGGGUAGGAAGAAGCUCACGUGGAAGGUUUACGGGCCUUUCAAGCUUGGAAGCUUUCUCGGGCCCUUGUUCAACGUCAUCAGCCUUGUUUGGAUGACCGUUGUCAUCAUAUUCAGCACAUUUCCUUCUUCUCAGCCCGUCACUGCCCAAAACAUGAAUUACUCUACUGUUGUUAUGGCAGGGUGGCUUCUUUUUGGGAUGUUGUACUAUUUCUUGAGAGGAAAGGCCAAGUUUGAGGUUCCGGUUGUCGUCUCAGACAUAGUCGAAGGGGUGAGAGGCAACUGA